AUGGCGGAAUUAGUACGAUGCUUCAGGGAGUCACUGCAGCGGAUGGUAUGUCGACAGAUCUGUGACUCGCCGACAUCCAGCAGAGUUCAUGCCUCUCAGCCUGACAGCAGUUUACUGUUGCCAAGCUCAGCCGCAAAGGCCGUGGACCAGACUAUCACUACUAUCGCCAAUCAAAUCGCAGGAGUUGCCACGGAAAACCCCGCAGCUCUUGCACACCUUGUGGCCUACUUUAGAGUCGUCCAAAGCGUGGACACUCUUUACCAGAAGCACGAAAAGGCGGCUCCUGCAAUGGGUGUGCAUGACGUACAAAAGGCUGCAAAACUCGUGGGCCUGCGCCUACCCGACAACCCUUGCAGUAAACUGCAAACGGAUACCGGUAGGCAUGCGCCAGUUAACAUGUUUGUAUUUUCUUUAGCUGCACUACUUCUGCGUCACACUGUUGUGUUUGUCGUAAAAUACUCUCUCGCGUGUCUGCUUCCCAAUCGACAUUUAUUUCGUGUCAAACUUUGCUCAGGCGGGGAUCCUUCCGAGCGCUCAUGA